ACUGAGUGCGUCGAGCAGGCAAGACAGGCUUGUGGUUGACAAACAGCAUGUCGUCAUCAUCAUCAUAUGGCGGGCAGUCCGGAACAGCCUCGGACUCGCUCACCUCAACGUCGUCGAGCAACGGGCGCAGCGGGACAUGCUCGGCGUCAGACUCGGCGACGGUCAGCACCAGUGCGUCGUCAACGGGUGAGUACUCGCGCGACGGCGAGGGCGAGGGUCUGUUCCUCAACUCAGGCGAGGACUCGCCUUACUUUGUCGGCAAGUUUGACCUCGAGACCCGCGCCAACACUACCGUCAACGCCGAGUCGCCUGCGCCGUGGUGGCUCGCAUCGGACGACGACGCACUGGUGCUUGCCGCCGGCGAUGGCAGACCGAACCGAAGCGGUAGCGCCCACCGGAGAAAGUCUCGCGCACACAAGGGCUCGCUCAAGGAGUCCAAGACCCGCAGGAGACGAAAGGGAUCGCUGCCGCCGGAGCGGCCGAAAAUGACCGCCCAGACGCUGCCUGUGGAAGAGCUGAACAAGACCUGGGUCGCCUCGCUCAAGAAGGAGAAGCGGACGCUCAAAAAGUCGCUCAAGGCCCAUCUCAACAAGCGCAAGACCUCGUUCUCACCAAAGCCCGUCGACAUCACCGCCGAGCUGGUCAAGCUCCGCAGGUCGGGGGCGGAUCCGGUCGAUCCAAUGGAUGUGGCGCGGACAACACCGGUCCCGCCACCGGCCAUCCGGUCACCGGCGCCGCGCUCGCGCUCUCGCUCACGCUCGCGGACGCGGACGCGGCUGCACUUUUCGUCGUCAUCAUCGUCUGAUGCGACGAGCACGUCGUCGUCAGCGGUCUCGGACUCGUCGUCCGAGCGACUGCCGCUCGUCGAGGCAACCAAUCUCGACUCGUUGCCGCGGCGGUCACGCUCACGCUCACGCUCGCACUCGCGAUCACGAUCUCGGUCAGGCUCGCGCUCGCGGUCGGUCAAAGGCAAGAAUGAGCGCCAGGCCGCGCGCGAGAAGAAGGCUGCUGCUGCCGCCGCCCGGCUCGAGCGCAAGCGGGCGCGCGCGCGGCGGCGGCGGGAGCGCAACGCGCCGAAAGACCGAGCGCGCGCAGUGGCACGGCGAGCAAGGCGGCUCGGGCAUGUAUGAACAUACAACUAACAGCAAAUGGUAUGUGAAAGGCUCCGUUUACGCAGCCAGCGACGACGAGUCAGUGGACAAUGUGCUCGACGACGCCCUGGCGGAUGAGAUGCUCGACGUCCGAGCGCCGGAGGUAGUGUGUAGAGUUGCGAGUCAAGGUGAGCUCGUCACCAGCCUCGGUAAUGAUGGUUCCGGCGUCCUGCACCACCCGGACCUCGAUGAACAGAUCCUUGGGUGGGGUGAGGUCCUCGGUCAGGUUGAGGUCGACCUCGGUCAUGUAGUCGCCGAGCAGGCGGUCGUAGGCCGAGAAGAAGCCGGUCUCGAGCGCCGACGUCGCCUCGCGAACGUCGGGCGGCAGGAUGGCGCCCACUUCCCAGCGCAGGUUCUGCAAGUACUGCAUGCGAUGGUAGUGGUAUGCGAGCAUGAUCCGCUUGUUGCGCAGCAGCGCCGCGUGGUGAAAGAUGACCGAGGCCGUCACCGACGCGUCGUUCCGUGCUGCCUCGGGACGCUCGCGUAAAAUGGCCAAAACCUCGGCAUGCAGGUGAAUGACCUCGUCCACCGCCUUGCUCACGCUCUUAGCCCUGUACACCGGCAGCCGUGUUGCCGUCGACAGCUCCUUCAGCACCUCCAGCGCAUCCGCCCCAUACAUCGCCACUACCAACG